AUGGCCUCCACUUUGGCCUCGCAACUUCGCGGCGUUACGCAGCACCUCGACACCAUCCCAUCGGACAUACGAGAUGCCAUCCUGGAUGCAAAGCGGGACAUUGAGACUUCCUUUGAUCCACAGACAGCAAUCCAAGUCGGUUCUCGGUUGCCCGAGUUUGAACUUCCCGAUGCCUCUGGAAAGCUCGUGUCCAGCUCCAGUCUCUUGGCCAAGGGUCCCAUUCUCAUCACCUUCUACCGCGGCGAGUGGUGUCCAUUCUGCAACCUCGCCCUGCGCGCCUUUCAGCAGCGCCUCGACGAUAUUACAUGCAAGGGCGUCAUGUUCGUCGCCAUCUCGCCGCAGCUUCCGGACACGUCUCUGACAACGGCCGAGAAGAACGAGCUGUCGUUCCCUGUCCUUUCCGACGCCGGCAACGGGCUCGCGCGCAGGCUUGGCAUCGUAUGGAAGCAACCGGACACGUUGCGGCCCGUGUUCGAGAUGCUGGGUGGUGGCCUAGAAGCGAAAAAUGGGGACAACUCGCUCGAGGUGCCGGUCCCCACGACGCUGCUCGUGGACCGGACCGGGACGGUGAGGAACGUGCAUACGGAGCCUGACUAUUUUCAGAGGCUGGACCCUGAAGUCGCGCUCAACUGGAUCGAGGCAUUGUGA